UUUCACAGCUUCAUUUCCUGUCAAGUGAAGUGACAGUUCCGUAUUCAUCUCUAUAUACUUCAGUCUUUAACAAAUGCUUCAGAGGAUGCCUGGGUUCUCUAAGGACACCAUGAGGACUACUCUUUGCACGCUUGUCUUGCUCUUCUCUCUACCAUGGAGUCUAAAUGGCAAUUUAACGACCAGCAAUAAGAAUACUGUUGUAACAAACACAGAAGAAAAUGCACAACUGAGGGACUACACUACUGAUUCUGGAACAGAAAAUGUGGUUUCGCUUUCAAGAAGCAUUCAGACGCGACAACUUACGAGUCACUCGGAGCAGCAAGAGAUAAGGCUGAGGACAGCCAAAGGUGAAGAUGAGACAUCAAGGAGGAGGAGGAAUGUACAAUAUGACAAACACAACUUAACUACAAUGUCGACACACCCUCAAACGCAAAUGCAGGACAAGGUAACUCAAAAGGAACAACAAAAACCAACAGAAAGCUCCCGCACACCACAUACUACAUCUGUUUUUCAAACAGAGAAUGCUACAGAAUUUACAAAAACACCCAAUGCCACAAGGGCAGACGUUUCACCUGAGGAAAAGACAAGCAGUGGACUUUCUCAGACACAGACAGCCACUCAAGAAACACCUUCUACUUCUGAUAUCACUGGGCUCCAUGAUGCGCAAGCAAAUAAAACAGUCAUGGAUAGCAGCGAUCUUCCAACAGCCCAGGCCACAAUGGAGACUUCAACCCAACCAAGCCCAAUGACUCAUGCCCAAACUUCCGCAAUAGCAAAUGUGACAGAUUUCAAACCGAGCAAAGAUGCAAAAACCAAAGAGGGGAAAAAAAUCACAGACAAGUGGACAAGCACUCAAGGCCCUGAGCGUAAGACUUCAUCUAUGACUACGCCAAAGAAGAUGUUGAUGACCACUAGAAAGACAACCAAAAAGCUAAGUCCACCUUCAUCAAAAGACAAGCAGCAAGCAAACCCAGGUUCUGUUGUGGCGGCUGUGAUUGGCACCACGUUUGUCUUGAUGUUCAUAGCCAUUAUCUUUAUCUUGGUAAGGAAACGCAAAAUCCAAAGAAAGCAGCUAGAAAAUUCAGAGUGGGCCGGACCCUCACCGUUUUUGGAUGGCGACGUUCAACCGAACCUGCUUAAUACGGAGGAAUCCGAGGCCAUUAAUAGACAGGGCUUCAACCACAUGUCCAGAUACCUCUCCCAACGGCUCUCCAAACACCUGACAUUCGGGAGGAACACAAGUGAAGACGUUCUCAUGGGGGACAUCCUGCAAGGAAGCACGUUUGGCAGACAAAAUCCAGAUGAGGUCCAAGCCCCCAAUGGGAACCCAACAGCUGCUCAAGACUCAAAAGAGAGAGAAAAAAACAAAAUCCAGGAAGGUCAAGAACCUGUGGACUCUUCUAAUACCAAAACACCUGGGUCAGAAAGUGAACAAGAAACUGUGAUGGAAAGCAAAGAAUCAAAGCAGCCUGAUGACCUCACUGCAUCUAUGUCUUCUGACCCGGAUACUGUAAUUAAACCUCCCCCACCUUUAGUGUCCAUAGAUCUUGAUUCCCUUUCAGAAGAAGCAGCACCUUUGCAAACAUCAGAUGGUGGGAUUAUUCCACCUGCUCCACCACUGCCCUAAUGUCAUGUGACGAUCUACAAACCAACACACUCAUAUUUUCUUUCUAAAAAUCAAACAAAUAUGUAAACACGACUGCUUGCAACCUUGACACAUCAAAACCAAAUGUCCAGGACAUAUCAAAGAGGAUGUGGUUUUUAUUAGCCACAAUUGUCACAAUUGUUAAUCAUGAUAUCCAACUUGUCAAUCAAUGUCAGCUUUACAUAGAGAGAAUCUGAGUAGUCAAAAAGCUGUGUAGUCCACGUGAACUCAUUUAUAUUCUUGGUCAGGGGUGUCCAAUCCUGUUGCUGGAGGACCAAAGUCCAGCAGAAUUUAGCUCAAACCAGCUCUAACACACUUGCCUGGAAGUUUCUAGUGAGCAUGAAGAGCUUGUUCAACUUCUUCAGGUGUGUUUAAAUAGGGUUGGAGCUAAAUUUCACAGGACAGUGGCCCUCCGACAGGUUUAGACACUGCAGUUCUUGGUCGAUUUUCCAAGGAGAGCGAGCUUGUACAUUUUAAAUCUGUAUAUCUGCUUAAGGUAAGUGUAAGUACACCAGCAUGUGUAGAACUAAAAGCUAUUAAACUCCAAUUCUGAUUUCACUAGCUCAUUAAAAUGUCAAUGCUUUUGUCAUUUUAAUACUUUAACAGCUAAAAGCUUAUGUAUGGCUAGCUCGGGUAGCAUGUCCAGUCUUUGUUCUUAUGCACUUAAGUGCGUGUAUGAGAAAGAGGGAAUGUAGCCUCAAUACCCAGUUUGUGAAUGAAUUACUGCAUUGCUAUAGCUACUGGGAGCAUGUCUGAGCUUCAAACUGGGAGGAACUGUCAGAUAAACAGACCCAAAUGCAGCUCACUCUAAAAAUACAAAGUGUUGCAACAACA